UUGACGCAAGUUUUUUGGAUUAUUUUUGAAAAUGUCCCCCAGUGCUCUAAGAUUCUCCACUUCCCCUAAUUUCAGCGGCCUUGAAUUCUCCCGGCGGUUACCUUCAUCUUCGGAAAGACUUAGCAGCUUCAAAUUCCUCUGCAUUCACACGCCUUCUGAUUCUGAUUUACACUCAAAGGAAGCUAAACAGAAUUCUUCUCACCACAGAAGGGAGAGUGAUGAUUCCAAGGUGGUUUUAGUGGAAAAGUAUGGAAAUGGAACCACUAGGAGGUAUGUAUUUGACAAUAGAUCACAGUUGAAAUCCUUUUUUGAGGAACAUGCUCCUAAAGUUUCGGGAUCCCAAGCUUUGGAUAUUUUUGACUCCGAUUUACCUUGGCUUCCAAGGGCCAUCAAAGAUUUUGUUUUACCUGCAGGCUAUCCAGAUACAGUUUCAGAUGAUUACUUGGAAUACAUGUUGCUACAGUUCCCUACAAAUGUUACCGGAUGGAUCUGUGACACAUUGGUUACCUCAAGUCUUUUAAAGGCUGUUGGAGUGGGAUCAUUCUCAGGAACUGCUGCUGCUGCCUCUGCUGCUGCCAUCAGAUGGGUGUCAAAGGAUGGCAUUGGUGCCCUUGGACGUUUAUUCAUUGGUGGGAAAUUUGGGAAUCUUUUUGAUGAUGAUCCUAAGCAAUGGAGAAUGUAUGCAGACUUUAUAGGCAGUUCAGGAAGCAUCUUCGAUCUCAGCACUGCAUUAUAUCCUGCUUAUUUCCUUCCAUUGGCGUCAUUAGGGAAUCUUGCUAAGGCUGUUGCCCGAGGGCUUAAAGACCCUUCCUUCCGAGUGAUACAAAAUCAUUUUGCUGUCUCUGAAAAUGUGGGAGACAUAGCGGCAAAGGAGGAAGUUUGGGAAGUCACUGCUGAGCUUUUUGGUCUUGCUAUUGGUAUAUUUGCCUUGGAUUCACCUGUACUCUCAAAUUCAUAUUUCACGUUGGCAUUAAUAUGGUUGGGCACACGGGCGUUGCACCUUUGGUUACGCUACUUGUCCCUUUCAGUUCUGCAAUUUAACACUAUAAAUCUCAAACGUGCACGUAUACUAGUUAACUCCCAUCUUUUGCAUUCUACAGUUCCAGGAAUCACUGAUUGCAAUAGGAAAGAGAAUGUUUUGCUGUGGGAAAGGUUCGCAAAUCCCCGUAUUGUUUUUGGUGUUUCAGUGGAAAAGAUGUUUCGUGGAGAGGAAAAUUGUUCAUUGAUCAGGGGGGUGAUCAAUUUGUAUCGAAAGGAGAAGUAUUUUCUGGUCGUGAACAAACAGCAACCAAAUUACUUUGAGGUCUUCAUAUCUUUCAAGGAGGGCGCUAGCAGUUUGUCUGUGCUGCGAAGUGUGUGGCAGACUUACUGGCUCUAUCAGAACUGGGGCUGGUCAAAUGUCGUUGACGGUCAACUUGAGAAAAGCUUAGGUGAACUAGAUAAUAGGUUCCCGGAUUUCUUGCAACGGUUAGAAGAUGUUGGAUGGGAUUUGAAUAAUUUGUGCCUGAAGACCCCCAAGGAAAUUUCAGUUCAGGAAGUUGUGACAAUGUGACAUUAUUGGCUCCAAAGGAUUGUUAUGGACAUAUAUUAAAUGCCUUUAUAGAAUUAGUUUUGAAUUGGAUUCUCGCGUUUAAUUUAGUGUGGUUUCUAUGGUAAGACCCCCGGUGGACACGUGACAUCGGGCAUGGUCUUGGUUAUGGACAGGACUGCUGGCAGUAUACGGUUUCGCUAUCCGUUAUG